AUGAAUAACCUUUUAUUAUUACAAAGUAUCAAAAAUUUAACUAAAGGAGUUGCGCAAAGAUAGAGAUUGUUUGCAAAGAGAUAUGCAAACAUUUUAAGUCUAAGCAAUUAGAUUUAAUAUAGAUUUUGCGCAUAAAAGCCAACUGGUAGCACAUAGGAAGAAGAUUCUUCAUUAUACGCAUUAAACAACAAAAUUUAUGAGAUUAAAGAUAAUGCACAAACAGGAUAGAUAGUUAAAUCUAAAAAUGACAUAAUUUACUUUACUAAUUUUGAAAAGAGUAGAUUGAAAUUAAAAUCUUUGAUCUAAUUGGAAAAUGAUGCAUAAAAGUAAGCUCUAGUUUUGAGUUUAAAUGAGAAAAUAUCAAGCGCUUUAUGCUUAAAUAGGAUUGAUCAUAAUUAAAACUAUUUAGAUCAAUCCAUUAAGCUUGAAAACCCAAAUGGUCUUAAGCUUUAAUUAAAUGGAAAAUAAAUUUGUGGCAAAGUAAUUAACUAUCGUGGUGAAGUUAUUAAGGAAUUUUCACCACAACCAAUCUAAGAAGGAGAAGUAGCCAAUAAAUAAUCUGAAAACCAUAAUGAUUUUGAUGUUGAAUUUACCUUACUAGAUUACAAGGAACACCUCAUCCUUCACUAGAAAAGAUUAACUUCAAAGCGCUAGCUAUAUACAGGGAAUAUUUCAGUAGACAUGACUUAGCCAAUUUGUUAAGGAAACUUUGUUAUUCUUAAUGGAGAUCUUAACACAGGAAAAUCUCACUUGGCAAGCGAAAUGAUUAAGUAAAACUGUGCAUUAAAUCCAAAUACUGUAGGUAUUUUUGUAACAUAACACUUCUCUACUGCAGAGAAAGUUUUAAGUGAACUUCAAUCAAAUGAACAUAGCAAAAACAAUUUUAUCAUAGUUAGUCCUCAAAAUGAAGAAACAGCAGGCAUGGCUGAAAAAUAUUUAAGUCCUUUUACUGCUUUACAUUUAGCUCGCAAAAUAUAAUAGGAAUAGAGUAAAGAUGUUAUUAUUAUAUAUGAUAAUAUCUAUGAUCAUUUGUAUUCAGAAAAUCUUAUAUUUGGAUAAAUUGAUAUGCCUUCAGGAUUCAAGAGUGUUUUGAAGGAGCUAUUUAGUAUGAGUGGUUAUUACGGAGACAGAAAUGGAAGUAUUUCUAGUAUUUGCAUUUUUGAUAGCAACCGUGCUGCUGAAAAGUACUAAAAAGAAACAUAAAAGCUAUACUAAGAAGCUGAAAGUUACGCUGAUGUGAUUGUCGACUUCACAUUAAAUGAUCCUUUAUACCGUUAAACACGCCCUAAAAUAUAAUUAAAAGGUAAGAAGCUGUUCUCAAAACCUAAAUGGUAAAAUAAUCUCUACUUAGAAGUUGCAAAAGAAUUGCACUAAGUGCUUAUUGAUCUUUAAUAGUAAUCUAAAGAGAUAUAAUUGAAAAACGAUUUGAAAAUAACUGUUGAACCCUGGGAUUACUAUUUGUAUUAUGAUUCUAAGUAUUUUAUGAAACUAUUAGUGUCAUCAAAUUACUUUACUCCUAUUGAGUAAAUAGUAUUUGUUAAAUUUAUUGUUAAGUGCAUUCAUGAAGAGACCAUAUCUCAAUUUAAAGAAACCCCUUAAGAGUUAACAAAAUCAUUUAUGAAAUUCUGCAAAGAAUUCAAGGAAUUCAACAAAUAAGAUAUAUUUAGUUACAUCUAAAACGAGUUCAAUUACAACGAUAAUGAAAUUCAACCCAAUACACUCGAUAACCUUCAACACUGUGUUCUCAGACUCUAUGAAUUAUUUAUCAUGCACUGCAAAAUGAAUGACAAACUUUUACCUUUUAAAAAAGAUUAUUUCAAUUGA